AUGGAAGUACAAGACAGAAUUCCAGCUGAUACAGAAGUAAAAGCAAGGUUUGAAUCUUAAGUUAUGGUAUAAUAUUGUGCUACAUUAUAAUACUGGAUCAUUAUUUCUAUGACUUGCUUCAACAACCUUGAUAACUUUGUUUUUAUAACUAUUUUUGCAAAACAAUAGUUUAAAAAAAAAAAAAAAGGUGCGGUCGGUUUAUAGCCUUAGAUCUUACAAUCAGUGCUGAGCCUCUGCUUUUUGUGUAAGGUAGUUUAACUGCCUUUUACCAUUACUUUACUCAAUUGAGUAUACAUUCGCUUGUAAGUAGAGACUGUUUUGUAAGAUACAUAAGGACAGUAUAAAUUUGUUUUGUGCCAACAUGGUUGCUGUGUAAGGUGUUUUGUAAGCACCUUUUACCAGUAUCUCUUUUUGAGUGCUAUAUUUAAUAGCGCUCAUCAAAGAGGACAGAAAUGAAUUUAUACUUAUUAAAAUUUCAGAAAAAGGAAAAGAACUCAUUCCUUGACGGCUAAGAGAAGACAAAGGCUUGCUCGCAACAAAAGGAAAAGGGAAGAAAGACAAAAGUCAAAAACGGGACUUGAAUUGCUGAUGAGUGAUCUAAAACAGAAAAAUCAGAAUCUGCAUGAAGCAAUAGGAGUAGAAAAGAAAAUGAAAGAAAAGUACUUCGAGAUGUGGAGAGCUUCAGAAAGGAAAAGAGAAACUAAAACAACUAAAUGUGUAUUCCAGGGAUGUGCAAGGAAUAAUAUGAAAAAAAAUAAUACUUCUAGGGAGCUUUUGCAAAUCCAACCAACAAUGCUAGAAGAUCUUGGACCAGAUGAUAACCUAAGUAGUGGCAGAUUUGGAACUGUGUGCUUAAAAAAAUUUAGAUCCACACCAGUUGCAGUCAAGUAUUUAGAGUCAUCUAGUGUUAAGGAAGUUCAAAGGAAGCUUCAUUUUUGGACAAAUGUUGUCACAUAAAUCUCCCCAUUAUAUUUGGGGUAAACACAAUGCAGAAGCCUUAUUUCAUAGUCGCAGAAUUUUAUGGUAAUGGAUCGUUUAAGGCCUUGACACUAAGAGAACUUUUACAUAAGGAUGAAGAACAUAUUAAAUCUUAUGUAAAUGGUCCAGAGUAUUGGCUUCAUUUAAGUUUCCAGAUUACUGAUAGUAUUUGCUAUUUACAUACUAUGGGAGUGCUCCACAAUGAUAUAAAACUGACAACAUUGUUGUUUCUGUAUCACCUGUAAAUGUUAUCACACCUAUCUUAAUAGAUUUUAGUAAGGCCACACUGAUAAGUGAAGGAAGAUUAAAGUUCUUACUGCUGCGGAGAAGGAUCGCUACCGCAAAGAGCACAUGCAAAUUGCCCCUGAACUCAUUGAGGGAACUCAUCCCCAAUCUGUUAAGAGUGACAUAUAUUCUCUGGGAAUUGUUUUUGCCAGUAUAUAUAAAUUUACUAAAUACAAACCCAUAAAAGAAUUAGCAAAAAAAAGUUUAAUGCCCUUUCAAACCAGAUGUACAUCAUCAGAGAUUUUAGCAAUUCUAAUGGAUCUUAUGAAAGUCUGAUUUACUUUUUUAGAUGACUUCAAUCUGAUUUGUUUGAAUUUGUUUCCAUCUUACUUGGAGUAAUGUUUUAUGCCAUUAUACAUAUCAGCCAUUGAUAAGGUGUUCAGGUGUCAUUGAAAUGAUAUAAUUGUUUUGCUUCAAGAUGUCAUGUUUGUUAAAUAAAAAGUCUAUUUUGAUCCAUUCCUUUCUGUCUUUAGGGACAUCCAUUAUCUACAGCUAUAUUUUACUAUUCAUACAGAAAGAGGCUGGAAUUUGAUAACAAAGUUAGCAGUCCCUGCCCUGAUGACAAUAUAGUGCUAAAUGCAAAAAUGCUUUGGCCAAGAGUGUUAACACUUCCAACCAGUUUCCGACUGGAUGUUACUAGAACACUGGCAAGCAAGGAGAAGCAGAACAUCAAUAAGAAGUUUAGAAGAGAGUUCAUAGGCUCAAUAUACGAUCAUUUUGCCCGCUACACUUUGUAAGUAUACUUGUUUGAUAUAUGUUUACCACUUUUUGAUUGAUGAAAAGCCAUCAGGAAUACAUUUUAUUGUGGUGUAGGGAAAUGCUAAAAUUGGCUUAUUGUAUUUUCAUCAAUGAGAUCUUAUGUUGAAGAAGAAGGUACUGGUAUUAGGUUACUAAUUAUUGUACAUUUCAUUUUAUUUUUUGGUUUGUGAAUUGUAGGUAUCCCACCAAACAUCAACUCACAUCUAUUUGUGAACUAAUAGUCCAGAAAUAUCCCUUCCUGAAAGAUACCUCAAUUGGUACUGGAUAUGUAAGUACCGAAUAAGUACUCUAAGGUUUUGAAACAAAUGAUAUGUUGAUAUCUGAUGCUGUUAUAUGAAAACAUGAAAAAGUUUGCUACAUAUCCCUCAAAAAGUUUUCAUAUCGAGGCCUUAAAGGUUGAUCAUGUUCACUAGUAAAAAUGCAAACCAUAUGUGACCUUGCAUUUUAGCUUAUUACAUGUUUUUUCAUGACCUAUCCAGAGUUUUCCAAAUUGCUGACUGAUUCAAUGAUCUAAUAAAAGGUAAUUUGAACAUUGACUCCCACAGUCAGAGAAAAGUCAGAGAAUUUGGCAUUUUUUUCAAGGUCGGGGAAUUUUGAUUUUGGUCAGGGAAAUUUGCAAUUCAUCAAAAUAGGGAAUUUUUCUUUCAUCUUUGCAACAUCUUCUUGGUGAUUAUGUUUCCAAAUGAAAUUUCCCAAAUAUUCCUGGUGUCCUUCAUAACAAUGACUAACUAGAAGUGUGCCAUUGGGUGAUGGAAAAAUUGGUUUUGGUUUUGGUCUUGGUCAGGGAAUUUAACUUUUUCAUAAGAGUGGGAACCCUGUUGAAUUAUGGCAUGAAAAUAAUACUACAGCUACUAGAAUGCUGGCACAGUUUUUUUUUUUAUUUUGAUUUAUUACUCCUUGAGUAGCUUUUGCGAAUACUAGGAGAUCAAAAAGGAGAUACAAAAGAGAUUCAAAAUCUGAAAAAGAAAAAAUAUAUGUGCAGAGGAUUCUAGUACUGAAAUGUCAUAUAAAUGCAAAUCAUCUAUUACAUCAGAGAUAAUUGAUUUCAAUACUAUUUCCAGGAUUCCUGGUACGCUAGUCUAUACGAAAAGUUCCGUAAUGAGAGAAAGUCUAUUAAAGAUGACCCGGAAGUAAUCCUCAGGAAAAGAAAGCCCAAAGAGAGUUCCAAAGAGUGUGUGAAAGCUAAGCUUCGCAGAGGAGCCAUAAACUGGGAGCCACCCUUUCCAGAGGGUGAGGAUGAGGUGUCUCUACAACGACAUAAAGAUUUUAUGAAGAGUGAAUUUGAAAAAAGGUCUCCAGAUUGGGCAAAGAUAAGCAAACGAAUGGCACUGACUUUCCCCAGCAGACGGAGACUAAUGAAUGACAAUAUGAGCAUCAAGGAAAUAAAAGAACACUACCCUACUCUAUUUAAGUUUGAACAGGUAUGUUAAGCUAUAUAUUGUUGUCCUUGUGAACUAUGAGUAUGAGCAAUCUAAUUGUGUUUUCUCUGUGUCUUUCAACAAGAAAGUUGUGUAGAAGAAGGAUGAGUUUAAUAAAACUACCCCCACAUUAGGGUGAUUGGCAGUCUGGUUGUUCUGUCAGGUCAGCACAAUUUGCUGCCUUGAGUAACUGGGCAAUUCUGGGUGUGUUGGGUGAUAUGCAGACAUCCUAUGCUUGCAAGAUGUGAAUGUCCUCUCUUACUUCAUAUGUUAACAGAAAUAUAGGAAUUAUUAUUGAUGCUAUUCAAACCUUUGUUCCUUAGAUACUGGCUGAAUUUGAAAGAAUUUUGGGUCUAAAUUCAAGUGUGGUGGAUUCAUUCAGGUCUAAUUUUCAGCAAGUCACUGACCCGAUUGUAAAACUAGGAAAGACAAAAAAUAAGAGUAAAUCAAAAGAAGAAAUCCAAACGUUCCUGCACCUCCUGGAGGAUGAUGAUAAUGACAUGAACGAAAAUGAAUCAGAACCAACAAUUGGUAAGAAAUAUAAAAGAAAACAAUAUCUUAUCAUGCGAGCUCGUGCUUUUCCCGUGUAUAGACCUAAUCAGAAUCAAAUGCAAAUUGCCCGUUUCAGACAAUGUGAUGUUUACAAUAUCGUCUCUGGAGAAUAGUUUCUUUGUUUUUCAUCACAUGGUCUGAAAUGGGCAAUUUGUAUAGUCAAGUAGGUCUAUUACAACCCAUUUUCAAGUGCAGCAACAGCACAUGCUCGAAAGGUCUGUCCUUUCAAACGUUUUAAUAUUUUUUUCAAAUUUUUGGGUAUCUGAUGUCUUCAUAUCAUAUUAUAAACAAUUUACUACACUGCUAGUUUGUGUGUUACCCUGGACAAUCUUACUCCUGAGCUGUAUUUUUUCUUGCACCGGAAGGUUUAAAAAAAAAAUACCGUCGCUUUACUAAAAUUUAUUCAGUGUUAACACAGAGCAGUGCAGUAAACCUCUAUAUUACUUUGGAUCACAAAUAUUAAAGGGCAUCAUACAAUUAAGUAAAAAACAGUGCAAAGAUUAAAACUAAGCCAGUUUUGAUGAACCUGGUCCAGUGUAAAUACCCUAAUUGUAGUGAAAUCAAUCUAAAUCUUUCAAUUAUUUCUAGAGGAACAAGCUGAAGUGGCCAUGGCAGUACUGCCAUACCUUCUUCUGCCAAAGUCUGGCCUUAUUUCAACAGAUGACUUUGUCCAUUUUGUAUUUGUAAGUAUCAUCAAAUUAUAUUUAUUUCUGAAAGAAUAGUUAAAAUUAAUGGUUCUAGCAUCUCUAUUUGAUUGACAAGAUUACAUUAUUUUAGGAUUUGGGUGCCACUCAAUUCCAACAAUUUCAUUAUUGAACAUAUCGGUACAUACAGCUUGUUAAGGUGACUGGCUACUUUUGGAAAUAAUGUUAAACUUUUUUUGAAACUACAAUUUUCCGAAGUAAAAUUUAAUGCUUUAUUUCAAAUCUGAAAAGAAAAAAAAAUUGGUGUCCAGAACUCUUUUUGAGAUAAUCAGCAUUUAAUGGUAGCCCUACGUACGAGUUUUUGGCAAAAAAAAAAAAUUGCACCACACAAAGUGACAAGAAAAAAAAAAGUCAUAGUAGAUAACAUAACAGAUUUUACAGCUAAAUUAUUAUUCAUAUGAUAGCUAGCAGUCUAAUAUAAUUCGAACAUUAAUUAUGACCUAUCAUAUUGUCAGUCAAAAGGAGGUGCCAGAAAUCACAUUGGUUAUAGUGGUUCCCGAAAUUCUGCGAACUCAUUAGUUGCACAUUUGGAAAUAAUUUGGUUUUUCAUUGCAGCUAGUCAAAAAUAUAAAAGGCACCGACUGAUUAUCAUUGAUUGACAGAAGCAAUAGAUUCAAGAAAUUCUCGUCAAUAAAUUUGACAAGCUGUAUUUUAAAAAAAAACAAAUAUUGUUUUCAAACACAAUAAUUAUUGACUCUGGAGUUUUACUUUUUGUAGGAAGAUGAAGAUAUUGAUGAGAUCGUGAAGAUUUCCAACAAGCCUUUUCCAAGAAUUGUAUUUAAAGGGCAGCUAAGUUCCCCCGACGCUAUCUAUAUAAUAGCAGAUCAGCAAGUGCUAUGCAGCUCAACAAACACCACUCUGUUGGAGGCCACAGUCUGUUUGAUGGCAUGUUACUAUGUGUUCCUUUAUGACUAUCCAAGUGGCCUCAAUAACUUCUAUUUGUACUUGCAAAAGUGCAUAUUGCAACUUCAGGAUGGGAAGAAGCUACCAUCCACAGUAAUUAAUUUUGUAAAUGACAUUGAUGCUAUGUCAAAGAUCUGA